AACUUUCUUAAACAAUCGGCUGAACUACGCAGUCAGUAGUUCGCUAUCCGUCGCGAUGGCACUCAGGCUGUGCUGGUUGCUACUUUUCGUCGUUUGCUGCGGUGUCACCAACGCUUCAGAUGACGAGGUCCAGGUGUGCAGAGGUCACUGUCAUUCAAUCGCCACGGCGCUGAUACCGGAUCUCUCCGACAACUCAACAGAUACGGACGAGUCAGCAGAAAGCAGGCAUGGAAAUAGCAAAGCGGUUGUCCCACAUACUCCUAGCAACAGAGACCUCCUGUUGGGUUUGGAUGUCCACACUUUCUGCACAGUUCUUUGCCGGCGAAUGGAUGAAGACGAGCUAACGCUGGUGCCUUGCGUUCCUGAGGAGGGGCACAACGACGAUUCAGACGAUAACGACUCCGAGUCAGAAAACGAGCAGGAGGAUCGCCUGCGGAGACGACAGCUAGUAAGAAGGCGGAAAAUGGCGGCGGGAAGGCGUGGCCAACACUCCAAGGCGGCCAGGGCUGCUCGCCGACGUCGUACACGCUGACGACACCGAUAAACUGAGCUCGCGCACAUUUUCCUUGCAGCUAAAGGCACACUUUGUGUCAUAAGGAGUUUAAAAAUAUGCAUUAACCUGCAAUAAAAUUUAGACUGUUGACUGCACUGAA